CGUGAAGUUCGUAACAUGUGAUGUUUCGUAAAGUGUUAAUUUUUUACGAAAAACAAUUUUAAAUGAACUGUGCUGUGUUAAAAUGUGCCGAAAAACUUAUAUGUGAGAGUGGUUUGUGUAGUGAAUAGUGCUAAAUUGUUAAAAGUUCGUGAAUAAAAAUUACAUGGAUAAAGCCGUCACUUGAGGUUGUAAAGCCAUGGAAUCUCACAUUAUGAAUGUGCCCUACCACCAAAGCAGAUACAGGCCCAUAGGGCACAAGAUCAUGAGAGCCACAAGCGAGUCCUCAGAGGAUCAAAAUAGUCCAGAAUAUGUCCGGCCACAGCCCCGGUAUGAGCCGAGGCAUUACGAGGAGGAAUGUGAAGAGCCAGAUUGGAGCAUAAACAACCAACAAGCUGUGGUUGUUGACCCAACAAGGCAAGACUCAAGCUCCGAAGAUGAGAAUGAGGAACAACUUGAAAUCGAGGAAGUUCAAGUUGACAUGAACAGAUCAGACCCAGGUAUUCUUCAACUGGCGGUGUCCAAUAAUUCACUAGUAGAAGGACGAGACUAUGAAAUCAUCCAAGUAUACGCAGUACAUCCAGAUUUAGAUCUUGAUUCAGACGAGGAUGAACAAAGCAACUACGGCAUACAGGACAAAUCCUCAGAUGUAGAAUAUGUCAAUAUUGACGAUGUUCAAGGAGAGGAGAACACAGAAAACUACCAAGAUGGAAUUAGUAUCGAUAUUGACGGUCCAGUAGUUUCAAACGUAGAUGAAUAUUUUAUCAAAAAUAACGAUAACAUACUGGAGGUAAAAGAUGAACCAGUGGUUCAAGAUGUUGAUGAGUAUUUCAUCAAAGAAGAAAAAGCGCCACCCACAAUUCCAUAUGUUGACGACUUUUUUAUAAAGCACAAAGUUCCAGAAGAAGAUAGCACGGUCUUCCGCAUUGAGAAACAAACUCUGAAAACAGAAGAACUUUUCCCGACAGUCACUAAAAAAGAGGAACCAGUGCAAGAGGAACAAAUGGAUCACGAUCCGAUUAACGAAUCGGAUUUAGAAGUGUUGCCAAACAUUGAAGAAUUGAAAAACUUUCUGUUUGACAUGAAUUACUCCAAACUGAAAAAUGGGCAAAGGUCACUGUCUGUUCCACAUUCACCUAUGAAUAUUUGUAUGGAUGUAGAUGAUGCCAAAACGUGCUUGAGCUUCGAAGAUCUGAACCUCGAUCUUUCUGAUCUUGCCUUUGACGAUAAAGAUAAAUCUGACGUCAGCGCUGGCAAAAGUGACGAUAUUCCGCGCACACUGACCGAAGAAGAUAUCAACAGCUUUUUAAUAACAAGCAAACCUGAAAAAUCGGGUGCCAAUGCUGUCAUUAAGAACGAGGAUGAUCUCAGCCCAGUUGAUAUGGAUAUGGACAGGCCAGUUGAGUCCUCAAUACCCACUACAAAACCGCCAGUUGUUAAGAAGUUUACAAACUACCGUCCAAAACGCUCGUCGACACCUAUAUCUGAACCUAACGUCCUUGACUAUUGCGUGGAAAAGUCGGUGAAGAAAGAAAUCCCUGACAUCAAGACUGAGUGUGACGAUUUCGUCGAUGUAGAGUCCUGCAAUGAUACAGUCAUCCCCGUUUUAGAAGCGAACAAUUUGAACUCGCUCCUAGAGCAGUUCGAAGCCACUGAAAAGCUCAACACAAAAUCAAAAAAGUCUUCCUCAAAACCUGAUGAUAAAAUCAAGGGUUCCAGCAAAAGCCUCACGAACGGGAUGCGACAGCAAGAUGCAGGGGUCCAGUUGAACAAGACGAAGAUGCGACAAAUACUGAUGCCGACGACUGUUAAAACUGCGGUCAAACGGUCGCCAAGUCCUGUUCAAUCUGAUCACGACUACUGCACAUCGAAGAAACGGCACAGCCUUCCCAACCUGAAGGGAGGACAAAGCUUGCUAAAACCUGAAGUGCUUUCCAGCAACAAUAGGAUCCUUAGUUCUAGGCAUAGGUCGUGUAAAAACAAAAAGAUAGACUAUAACCUAAGCAGUGACGAAGAAAGUGAUAAGUGUUCAAAGAACAAAAAAGUGAAUAAAGACGAUAGUGACGUUAAAUCAAAAAAGUGUGUUAAACAACCAGUGAAACCGCUAGCACAGUCAACGUGCCGGAAAAAACUUUCGCCUCCGCACAGUGCGACAAACGACACUAAUAAAGGAAUUUCUGUGAUUAAAAGUGCUUGUAAAGCAGAAAGUGAUAAAUCAAGUCAAAAUUCUAAUGGUAGCAUUAAAUUAACUAUUAUUAAUAAAUCAGCAGUCAUACUGAAUUCCUGUGAUGUUAAAGACUCUCAGAAAAAUAACAAAGUAGGUGAUAAGCAAAAGAAUGUUACGAGUGAUAAACACAGUAGUGUUAAAUCUAAGUCGGUUAAAGAAGUCAAAGACAAAGAUGUAGAUAGCAAUAAAUCCAAGAGUGUAAAUAUUAAACAAAGUCCUCCUGUUGUAGUUAAAGAAGAGCCCCGUCCAAAAGAGGACAACUUUUAUACAGCUCUCUUUCCAAACAAACAUGACGUCCAAAUACCACAUGCUAUGGUGAAGAAGGAAGAAAAAAGGCCUUUUGAUGAAGAAUUGCAACGAAUAUCAGAGAUAACGUGCAAAAAAGAAUCCGAACAGCCAGUUAGAAAGAGGAAACUUAAUCUUCAGGAAUAUAAGCUGAGGAGAGGAGUCAGCUCCAACGCAAGUUCCACCACUGUUAGUCCAGAAGCCAUAUUCCCGGAUAUGCCACACUUAGACAAGAACUUGAAAGCUUUGGUUCCGUCUAAACCACGCGUUGUAGAACCAGAGGCUCCAAAGGUUAUAUUUGACCCAAUCCGCGAAGCUUCUAGAAAGAUAUUGAUGAACACCAAAAAACAGAAAGCCGAGGCAAUGAGGAAACGUGACGAAGAUAUCGUGAUGAGCAAAAUUCCGAAAGUAGAGAAUUUGCAACUACAGCCGCUAAUCAGCGAUGCUGAGAUGAUGAAGAUUGUAGGCAUGGCGCCCGCGGAAUGUUUGCCACUGCCUAUCCCAGAGAAGCCCCAGGCACUCGCGGAUUACGAGGAAAUCAUACUUGUCAGUGUAGGAAUAAACACAGAUGAACAAGUAUUUAAAGACUUACUCCCUCCUUCACCACCUCCAGUUAAAAGAAAAUCGAAGUCGCCUCCAUGUGACGCCAAAAUUAACUUUAAAAUAAAAAAAUCUGACCACAUCCUAAAACAAAACGUUUUCGAUAGCGUAAAACAUGAGAAACGUAGCCCAACGGAUGACAAAAAGCACGGCACUAGAAUCGAUAAAGAACGAUACAAAGACAUAACGGCUGCCUUGAAAAGUGUCGAGAAACAAGUGGACACGAAAAUUUCCAGCAAUUCACUUUUCGCUAGCAUUCAAGAUGUUGUUAUGAAAAAGGCGCCAGAAGAAAGUGAGUCUAAACAGCUGAAAUUGGCGUCUCCAACAGAAAAACGUGUUCCGUUAAAAUAUAAUAAGACUACCAUUGUACGUGAUUAUGACCCACAAGCAGAGCACGGCGAAGACAAAGUGAUUCUACAUUUGGGCAAAGGCCGAAGUAAACCUACGUCAUGCAGCAUAGUAACUCAGACAGAAGUCACAGCAUGCACAGAAUUAACAGCGCUGACAGCUAACAUGAGCAUUUCCCAGGAAAUACCAAAACAAAGGAGGACUAGAAAACGCAAUGAUAGCGACAUGUCGAUGUCCAGCGAAGGUAGUCCAGUUAGGCCGUGCAAAGUAGCUAAAGCUGAGGAAAAAGUAGUGGUCAAACAGAAAGAAACGCGCACAGAGAAGCGUUCACAGUCGAAGGAAAAGCGCUCGAGGUCGAAAGAUCGCUAUGAAUCUAAAUACAGGAGGCGUUCGCGGUCUCACAGUCGUAGGAGACGACGAUCGCACAGCCGAAGCAGGUCUCGCUCGCGCGGUCGCUACAGGCGGUAUAGGCGUUCCGACUCGCCUUACAAGAGGAAAAGGCGGUCGCGAUCGCCGUACCGCAGGCGCUCGCCGUCGCCGCGUCGCUCGUCGUCGUCGCGUCGGUCCCCAUCGAGUCGUCGGUCCCCAUCGAGUCGUCGGUCCCCAUCGAGUCGUCGGUCCGCUAACGAUCGCCGGUCACCAGUUCGCCGAUCGCCUACUCCUCGUCGCUCGCCGUCCGUGCGACGCGAACACCGCCGCUCCCGAUCUCGCUCAAGACAAACGGAUCCGAAAAGAUCAAAAAGCCCCGUAGUUAAAAAAACAAAACUCAGCCCGCAGAUCUCGUUGGAUAAAACCAACGGGAACGAUAGGAAGGCGCCUAAAUCCAUGACCCCGCCUUUGAGGAAGCCGACUGUCUCGGAAAGCUCCGAUUCGUCCACAAGCUCUUCUUCAUCGUCGUCGUCAUCUUCGUCAUCCAGUUCGGAGGACUCGAUGGAUUCAGGGCGCUCGUGCAGCCCUUACAAGCGGGAUGAUUACAGGACAAAGUACCGCAGCUUCAGCUCUGAAGACAGAGAGAGCAACACGCCCGUGGAAGAGAGACGGAUAGUGUUCGUGGGCAAACUUGAGAAGGAUAUAACAAAGGUGGCGCUGCGGUCGCUUUUCUCUAAGUUCGGGCACGUUAUGGAAGUGCGCCUUCAUAGCAAGGAGGAUGGUACCCGCUACGGAUUCGUGACGUAUCAACGCGCCCGCGACGCGUGGUCGGCAGUGGAGGCGGCUAGCACGUUCCCGCAGUAUGACGUCGGCUUUGGAGGCAGGAGGGCUUUCUGCAGGCAGAGCUAUGCGGAUCUUGACGGCUUAGAAGCUAAAUACACCGAAAGCGCCUUCCACGGGCAGGCGGCGUUGCCAGCUCGCCGCACCGACGACAUGUCGUUCGAGCAAAUGCUGCUCGAAAUGAAGAAGAAACUCAGCCAACGCAAGGGCGAGAAGAAACGGGACGACAAACCUUGACGGUGGCUGUGCCCCGCCAUCCUAAACUUCGCCGUCCAUUGCCUACGGCUGACGCUCGGGUGAGUGCAAUGACACUGACAGCUGUCAAAGUGACAGCCGUCAAACUGACAGCUGCUAAACUGACAGAUGUCAAUGCGUACGCCGACCUCGAGAAUUUUGCUCACACAGUGUACCUUCUUUUUUAUUCCUUUAGAAUAAUUUUUAGUACAUUCUCCUUUCCUUUUAGUUUAGUCGGAUUACCUCAAUGUAAAUAAUAUUAUUAGUUUGUACAAUUUUGUGUAGAUUUUUUUUGUGCGUUGUUAUGUAUAACUAUUAACACUACCUCUUAUGAUUUUCGACAGUAGUUGUGAAUUGACCGAACGGCGGUCGGCACUGCCAUCGUUUUCGUAUCAACAAAACGGAACAAAACUUGAUAUUUGUUCCAACGAUUUAUCAUUAAGGAGAAUCCUAUAACUUUACACGUUUGGAAGAUUAUUGAAGAGGCUUUACUGUAAUUUUAGUAGCUGUAAAUUUAGUGCGAGGAAAAGUAACGACCAGAGAAAUUAUGGUGCUUGAAAGACUUAAAAGGUAUUAAAAUCGUAAAUUAGAAUCAUGUAGGACCAUUGAUCUAUUUUAUUUGAUUAAAAACCUUCUUGAGUUUUAUAUUUUAUGGCUCUGGUCUCCGUUUCUUUUUUUAGUCGACUUCAGACUGCUGUGUUACCAUGCUUAAAUAUUUCGUUGUAUAAUAUUAUUGCAAUAUGUAAAUAUUUUGUAUGUAAGGAAAUUUAAAUAAGUAAACAAAAAUUAGUGGUAACUGGUGUUUAACGUUAAGUUUUAGUAGCCAUUUUGUUUUCUGCUACGGAUGUGACGACAGAGAUAUUUUUUAAAUAAAUCCUUCAUCACUUAGUUGAUCAAUUAAUAAAAACUGGCUGAUUUCGUUUUAACUAUCGCUUACAUUUAAAUUAAAACGCAAAAAAAAGAAAAUAUUUUUUACGCAAUUUAAAGAAAUCAUUGUUACAAUCGUACAAAUGAUUCAAAAAAAAGUUAUAUAGAUUUAGAUAUAUUAUUAUGCUAAAAUCAUGCACAAUUUGUUGACUGCAAAAUUGGUUAUGUAAUUUUUUAUAAUUUUAUAAAAAAAAACUUCAAAAUCUUAUAGAUCAAGUGCUGAGGGUCAUAAAUAGUUUAUUAAAAAUAACUCAAAAUAAAAACAAUGUAUAACUAAAACUAAUAAUUGUUACACUAAAACAAAACGUGUCAAUUAUAAAGGUUUGUAAGAAAUUAAAAUAUAUUUAUGCAAAAUAUAUUAUUUAGAAUUGACCUCGAGUACUAAUCUCCAAGUUUUUAAGAAAGUAAAUACUUUUUAUUCUCUAACUCAACAUCAAAUUGCUAACCAUAACUUUGUCCUUUUCUAACUUUAGAAGUACGAAAAGGACAGCAAAGUCCAGGGUUGUCCAAAGCAAAAUUAGAGAAUAUAAAAAAAUCGUCAAAAAAUCUUCCAUGAGAUUAAAAAUUACGUGCCAAAUCAGUUUCACUCUGUUCCUAGUGUGUUUCUAACGCACAUAGUUAUAAAUAAUUAGGUCAACUGGGAAUUCUAAGUCCGUCCUUGUCAUUCUUAUGAGGAUGCUGGUAUGUGUGAAAGAGAUGGAAUGAGUUGACCGUUGAAUUGAGCAGGUGCCCACUUUUAAAAAGCAGUAUGGUAUUCUUAGUUAGGUAUAACUAUUCAAAGAUCUACACUUACUUGUUAUAUGUUUUAUGUAAUAACUGUUAGUUUUUUAAAGACAAUAAAUAUUUCUAAGCCCUAAGUUCAAUGCUGCAUUCACUUCCCACUGUACUGUCGAUA